AUGACCGAAGAAGUUGAACCACGCUUUCUCAUUCACCAAGCAACCCAUCUGUUUGUAACUGAGCCAGUGUUUUUUCAACUGGUUCAAAUGAACAAUUCCAUGCUUGUCUGGGCUGGCAAAAAGAGUGGAAAACUAAAUGACCUAUCAGUAGCCGUUCCUUCAUUUGGCAACCACACUUCUCCUUCUGCAACAACUAUCUUGGGUCAAGACGUCUCUGAAUCUGGUAGAAACAUGGCUCGUCGUUUAGCUUUGAAAUACAAACAGCAAUUCUACGUGAGUCUGGAUACUGGAAGCCAAGAUCCAAUGAUGAAUGUGUUUAUAGAAAAGAAAUUGACAGAAAUGAUCAAAAUGGUUUUGACCUGA